UUUGGCCGCAGCCAAAGCAAGCGGCUGAUUGUAACUGUCUCCACGGGGGGAAAUUGUCUACUGAGGCAGAAUCCAUCCCAUCAGCUGUUGUUUGCUCGAGUCGCCAGCCAGCCACAGUGUGUGUGGUGUCUAUCUCACGGAACGCCGCUGCCCUGUGUGUGUGUGUGUGUGUGUGUGUGUGCUCUCUCUCUCGUAGCCGCGGUUUCUCGCCAACAACCUCGCCGGCUCAGCAUUCCACGAUGAAGCUGACUAGGUUUCAGUGCUCCACUCUCUUCAGCUGAGCGGUAAGUUGUUCCUCGAUCAGCCAGCCAGCCAGCCCGGCCGGCCAGCAAGCCGAGGGACAAGGUUACCGCCGCCCGGCUACCACACCUGUGGCUCGCCGUCAGCCCGGCUCAAUCACUGAUAGAUAUCUCCUUAAGGACCUCAUUAUCUUUAAACUUUAUGAUACGUGCUUGCUUUUCUUCCCCCGUUUGACCUUGCAAGUGCAUUCUCGGUCUUUCUGAAGCGGGUUUCUGUUCAUUCUUAACAAGGGCGGCAAGCGAAAAGGCAUUAUCUGUUGGUUUUAGUUUCUAUCAGUCCAAAACCGGGUCUGGUGUGUACAAUGGUCUCCACCCACCCCCUUCAAUCAAUUAAUUAAUGUCUACGUUCUCGUGCUGACAACUAGCUUGGCUGCAGAGUAAGUCGCCUCUCCUGGUACACAAAUGCUCUCGGCUCAGCCGGACGCCAAAGCCAAGGGUUGUGCUGGCUGCAACCGGAAGAUUAAAGACCGCUACCUGCUGAAGGCACUCGACAAAUACUGGCAUGAAGACUGCUUGAAAUGUGCCUGCUGUGACUGUCGCUUGGGCGAAGUGGGAUCCACGCUUUACACCAAAGCCAACCUCAUUUUAUGCCGCAGAGAUUACCUGAGGUUGUUUGGCGUGACGGGCAACUGCGCCGCAUGCAGCAAGCUGAUUCCCGCCUUCGAGAUGGUCAUGCGGGCCAAGGACAACGUUUAUCACCUGGACUGCUUUGCCUGUCAACUCUGCAAUCAGAGGUUUUGUGUCGGAGAUAAAUUCUUCCUCAAGAACAAUAUGAUUCUGUGCCAGACGGACUACGAGGAAGGUUUGAUGAAAGAAGGCUACGCAUCGCAAGUCCGCUGACCUCCUGAGCCCCUCCAUCAGAUUUGUUCUAAGCACUAACUUCCAUACGGUUUACUUAACAUGUAAAUAUAAAUUGAAACAGGAACUAAUAGAAAUAGACGCAUGGUACGCAGAGCUGGUGGCCGUGUUUGGAAGGAAAAUGGGAAGAAAACAGUAUAUAGUCAUUUUGUUCCUGUUCCAAGUUGAAUGUCUUAGACCUCCUGUAUAUAUUGGGCUUUGUCAUGAGGGAGAUGAAUCCCUUUUAUUCUUUGCCGCUUAUAGUUUAUAAUUUUUCUUUUAAUUUGGCAUGAGAUGUUUAUUUUGAAUGACUCUUGUACAUAGUAUAUUGUAAUAUUUGAAGCGCAAAUGUAAUACAGUUUUAUUGUGUUCACAUUUGUGUUCAUUCCUUUUGUUUCCUGGUACAGUUGCAUUUAGUACAAUCAGUGUUCAGAUUUAUUGUAUAAUUGAUUAUGCUUUCUGUAUUCUAUUAACUAUUUUAACUGAGGUGUCACUUUCUAUUAAAAUUGUCAAAACUGCAA